CAAACCUUUCUCACUCGCUAAGACCAUCAGACCAGUAGUCCUUUUUCUUCUUCUUUUUGCUUCUUCUUCUUCUCAUUGUUCCAAGCAUUUUGCUUUGGUCGCUUUUCUUGCAUUCGGCGAUCACCUGGUCUUCAUGUCGGCCGUCGACGUACCGUUUACUUCAGCCUCAUCCUUGCACCAUCUCCACCACUUGAACCAACAACAACAACAGCCGCCCAUGCAACACACGCAGCUGCUCGACAUGACGCAGCAACAACAGCUACAACAACAACAACAGCAGCAGCAGCAGCAACGGGACGACGAGGCGAGCGACGACAACGAGCGCGAUGACAAUGAUGACGAGAACGAGGACAACAGCUCGGACGAGGAUGGCGAUGGCGAGGGCGGCGACGAGGAAGGCAGCGACAACGAGACCAUCUGGUCGCGCGACAUUGAGGACGCCUUCGACGAGGCCAUGGCGCUCUAUCCGCCGUGCGGGCGCCGCAAGAUUGUGCUGCCCGAGGACGGCAAGGCGUACGGCCGCAACGAGCUCGUCGCACAGCACAUUUUCAAGCGGACGGGCAAGCUGCGCACCCGCAAGCAGGUCUCCAGCCACAUCCAAGUGGUCAACCGCAAGCGCGUGCGGGUGGACAAGAUUCCCCGCGGCAACCGAGGACCUCGGAAGAUGGACGGAAAGUCGCCACGAACAAUGUCGCCGUCCCUCAAAAUGGCGCUCAAGAACGAGGCCGGCCCGCUGCCUUCCUCGCUUCACCCGAGCAUGGCUGGGAUUCCCGGUGCUGGCGCCGGAGGCCUCCCCAUCCUGCCCGGCGGCGCGUCCUCCUCGUCCUCCUCCUCCUCCCUACCCUCUGCGCACGGACUGCUGGGCCCAGGGAGCGCGGCAGGCAUGAUGCCUUACAGUUUUGCCAAGCCCGGUACUGGUGGUGGUGGCGAGCUGGCCGUUCCACUCGGAGGGUUGCAUCCAGACCACCACAACUCACAUGGCAUCGUCUCCCCCGCAGACACGUCAUCGUCGAACGAGUCUAUCGCACCGGCAGCAAGGGUCAACCACAUGAGCAAUAGCAACACCAACAUGAUCAUGCCCCCAUUUAACAUGCCGCCAUUCGCGUAUCAACCAGUCGGAUUGCAGCCACCACUCAUGCAGAUGCAUCCACAAAUGCAAGCCCUGCAAUCAGCACCCUUCUCGCAAGUCCCAUCUCAGACACAACAGCAACAACCACCACAGCAACAGCAACAUCAACAUCAACAGCAACAACAACUGCAACAACAACAGCAACGCGGUCCGUUUGUCAAUUCAUUCACCCCGACGGCCACACCACACUCGGGGUUGGCCAUGCCCGCUUGGGGUAUCGAUGCGAUUGGCAACUCCAGCUUGAACAGUAUCAACAACGGCGGCAGCUUGGGAUCCAGCACGAGCGGUGGCACUCUCACUCCAAGCCUUUCCGCUGGCCCUGCGGCCGCAGUCGCCUUGACGGAUCCGGUUGUGACCAUGAUUUCGUCGAUUGUUAACAACACAAGUGGCACGAGUGCCAUCACGGGACCCAUCCCCAAAAACCACGGCAUUGCGCUCAACACGUUUGCCUUGUAUCGCGACGCGGACGACAUGCUCCCGCUGGGCGGGCCGAGCACGACUCGGCACUAUCUCGUGCAGCUGAACGACGUCCCCGGCGUGGACGAGUUUGAUCCUCUGUCAAUGCGGGAGGUGAGCGACCUCUUCCCCGACCUGCAGGAGCUCGCUCGCAACCAGCCAACUGCCCAGUUUGCGCUGGUCAAGUGCUGGGCCAACUUCCUGGGCCCCACUUUUGAUGUGCGACGUGCCCACCAUGUCUACGGCUUUGCCUCAUCCUUCCAAACCGCCGAUACGCUCAAGUUUUUGGGCUGCACCACGUCGGUGUUUGCCUUUGGCGAGCAGCUCGUGCAGCGAACGACGCAGGUCGACGCUGCGCUUGUGGCCAACGGCCGGAGCUUCUUUUGUCUCGAGCGGGCUCCCCUAUGCCCAGACGUCGUGUCCAUUAUCGAUUCGCUCAAGCUGAUGCUUCCACGCCUGGCAGAGAUGAACGAUGUGCUGGACUACGUGACAGUUAUGCAGACUCUCUUCCGACCCGGCACUUGCCAAGUUCUGCUUUGCGUCUGCUACAUGUUUUCAGUCUCAGAGGUCGACGGAUCGCAAUACUCGGUGUAUCGGCUCACUCCUUAGAAACAGACAAAAACCCCCCCCAAACAAAAACAACAAAACAAAAGUUUUUCCCCUCAACGCAUUCGGGUUUUGCGUUGUGGCGUUUGCUUCUUCCCCCCCCCCAUUUUCUCCUAGUUAACAUUUCAAGUUUUCUUGUUUGCUCGCAAGAUCAUUUGGCACCCAUCCAUCCUGUCCGCGGUUGGCUUGUUUUUUUUUUUCUUUUCUUGCUCUUUCUCGGUGUUGCGUUUUUCGGCUUGCUCCAUGACCGGCACCUUUUGCCCCAUUCUUGUAUACGACUUGCAAUAUAG